AAUUUCAUUAAAGGAGCAAAGGAGCUGACGGCAAGGAAAAGGAGCAGUCAAAAGAAAUUUUUGUGUGGCAAGGCAAUAUCCAUCAACGGUGUUACUACAUACAUACAUAGCGCAUUUUUACCCACUUUUACACAAGAGCUGCGUUGCAUAGGAAAUACAUAUCGCUUUCUUUAUUCACAUAGAAUACACAAAAGGGCAGCAAAUUGAAAGGAUCCUGACCCAGUUUCAGUAAGCAGCAUGUGAGAGUGUAUACACUCAACAAAAAAAGACAGCUGGAUGGCGAAAAAAAAUUAAGAAAAUUUUUAGAUGGUCAGCAGCAUAGAUAAAAAAAUGCAAAAGUCGGACUUUACGCAAAAUCAAGCCUAGACGAAUUGUUAACGUGUGUGUGUGUGGUGUGUGUAGUCUGCGGGUGUAAAAAAAACCUUACACAACAACUAUUGAUCUCCCACCAAAUGCCAAAGCAAAAAAAAAAAAGUAUAUGUACACACAGAAUAUUUACGCAUGAGUAAUUAAUUAAUUUAAGCAAAGCUUAUAUUAUAAAAGUAUAAUAAUUAAUUAGAAGACAUAAGUAACAAAUAAUACAUAAUAUACUAAAAGUACAAAAAGUGCAAAUUAUCAACCUAAUUACACACACAAACAAUCAUAUGCAUAUGGUACAUAUGGUGCAACAGAUCCUUAAAAAUUAAUGAGACUUCGAAUCCUUUGAUUUCAAUGAAGCCAAUGCGAUGCGAUAGAAUUGUCAAUUGCAAAUCCAUAUAAGUGCCACGCAUAAGCCGACCGCAAUUACAACUACCAACACAACGACAAACUGAAGUACAACUCAACAUUUGCAUUGCAUAGAGACGUCGAAAUUAGCUGGCCAAAGAUAAUUAACUCUUCCCCCAAAAUCGGUUGGCUAGUCGACAGCAAACGCGCGCAUUCACGCUUUGAACGCAGCAACUAUUAAGUAUUUGGUACACUUAAAUAAAAUUAUAGCUUCCAAUCAUGCUGCCUUGGUGGUGUUAUUUACUAAUUGCUGGGCUGGCGAUUUAUGCCCUUUUCGAGCUCCAUUACUUCCUGCGUAUGUGCCUUUGUGUAAUUUUAGCGCGAUUCGUUAAAGGCAAAUGCCACAUUUUGGAAACGACCAGAGUAGGAGGUCUCUGCCUCACCAAUGACAUCGAUUGGCUGCUUUAUCACAUGAACAAUGCGCGUUACUUACGUGAGCUGGAUUUCGCGCGUGUUGACUUCUAUGAGCGCACAGAUUUGUAUCGCACCAUAAAAGCGAAAGGCGGUUCUGUCUUUCAGGGAGCAGCUACCAUACGUUAUCGGCGAUUUAUCAGACCUUAUCACCGCUUUCAAAUACAAUCGCGUAUCGUCUACUGGGACGAUCAAUCUGUCUAUAUGGAACAUCGUUUCGUACGGCUGUCCGAUCAAUUCGUUCACGCCAUUGCAAUUUGCCGGCAACGCAUACUCGAUUGCUCCACCGAGGAGGUGAUGAGCGACUUAUUGGCGCCUAAGGGUAUGCAGGCACAAGCAACUCACAAUAUUGCGAGCUCAACUUCUAGUCUGGACAAUAGUGCAGUGACCACAACAAAUUUGGAUGUGGCCGAAAAUGGACAAGCGCGUGUGAAAUUGAAACCUGAUGUGCCACCUGAAAUACAAAAAUGGAUUGAAUACAACGAUUUGUCCAGCAAGAACUUGCGUAGCAAUUGCUGAUGCCAAUGGCGAGCUGAAUUGCAUGGAGGCAAUCUAGAUACGUACAUACAUACAUACAUCUGUACAUAGGUGUGAAUUUAUAUACAUAUAAAGUGCUUGCUUGACUUAAGCCUAUACGUGUCUACAUACAUACAUAUUCCAUUGCAUACAUAUAUAUACAUACACUAACAUUGAUAUAAAGUUUAUAUGUAAACGUAGUUUCACUUAGUAAAUGCAAACUGAUAUAAGUUGUUGCGAAGAAGAGAACACUUAUUUAUUUUUUGAGCUAAUUUAAGUAUGAAAAUCUUUAUAAAUUAUGUACACCCCUAUUGCGAGUGUCGACUGGUAGUGGAUAAACGACUAUUAUGCGAUUAUCGCUUUUCCGUGGUGCUGUGAACGUCGUUGUCUCGUUGAAUAAGCGACUGUGAAUAGUUUUAAGUCGCCCAUCCUUCAACAAAGAAACACUAAAAA